UUGGUAUAAAAAAAAUAUUGAAAAAACGGGUACAACCUGGGAAUUUUACAUUGGUCACGAACGACAUAUAGUUACAAACCAUAUCAAUGAUAUUAAGAACUUUUCCAAACCAUCCAAGUCACGUUUUAGACCAACUUAUAUUCCUACAUUUGAAAGAUUAGGUCUAAAUCAUGGAAUAAUAUUUACUACUGAUUACAAUUUAUGGCAUCAAAGGCGACAAUUAGUGAUUCGUGCAUUGAUGUCAACCAAAUUUCUACGAGGAUUUGUUAUUUGUGUUCAAGACCUUUUCAAAGAAUCUGAGGAUAGAUGGAAAAUAAAUAUAAAAAACGGAAAAGAAUUUGAUUUUUGUCAAUGGAUGAAAUGCUUCAUAAUGGAAGUUGCGACUCUUCAAACCACCAAACAACGUACUUAUUAUGUAGCUUCACUUGAAACAAAUAAUAAAUUAGUUCAAUCCGAAGACAUCAAAAAAUCAUUCAAAUUUGCUAAAGCUACGAAAGAAUUUUUUAAAUCAUUGGGAUUUUUUGUAUUUUUACCUCCUUUUAUUCUAGAUUAUAUACCAGGUUUUAGAUAUUUUAGAGAGUGCUGCGAACGUAAUAUAAACUUAAUUAAUGAUAUUGUGAUCAAUAUUAUUAAUAAAAGAAAAAAAGAGAUUGAAGAAGGUGCUGAAUUAGACUCGA